GGUUGCGCAAGGGAGCCCGGCAUCCCUCCCUGUCCCACGCAAGGGCACAAGGACGGGGCGCUCUGUUCAGGAUGUCACAGGCGUGGGUUGGCCUGGUGAGGGGACUCAGCCCUGACAAAACCCCCCCGGAGCCAAUUUUAGCAGUGCAGAAAGUGAGUGGCCAGGGUUCUCUGGCAGAGGGACAGUCCACAGCUCUGGAGCGCUGACUCAAAGCUGUGGUAUUGCCCAGGAAGAGCGGUGGUGACUCUCCAAGGGCACAUCUGGAGGUGCUUCGUGCUCAGACCUGGCCUGGAGAAGCAGCCCAGGCUUCAAAAGAUUUGAAAGACGUUCCCACCACUCAGGGUUUGAGCCAACUGCCUGGCCAGGAUGAGCUGGAGCUUCCUGACGCGGCUCCUGGAGGAGAUCAACAACCAUUCGACCUUCGUGGGCAAGAUCUGGCUGACCGUCCUCAUCGUCUUCCGCAUCGUGCUGACGGCCGUGGGGGGCGAGUCCAUCUACUACGACGAGCAGAGCAAGUUCGUCUGCAACACGCAGCAGCCCGGCUGCGAGAACGUCUGCUACGACGCCUUCGCCCCGCUCUCCCACGUCCGCUUCUGGAUCUUCCAGAUCAUCAUGGUGGCAACCCCGUCGGUCCUCUACCUGGGCUUCGCCAUGCACCGCAUCGCCCGCAUGCCCGAGUCCUCACGGCGCCGGGCACCGGCCGCCCGGCGGGCACGCAUGCCGGUGGUGCGCCGAGGGGCCGGGCGGGACUACGAGGAGGCGGAGGACGAUAACGAAGAGGACCCCAUGAUCUUCGAGGAGAUCGAGGUGGAGAAGGAGAAGAGCCCGGAGGGCGGAGAGAAGCACGACGGCCGGCGCCGCAUCAAGCAGGACGGGCUGAUGCGCGCCUACGUCCUGCACUUGCUGUGCCGCUCGCUGCUGGAGAUGGCUUUUCUCUUUGGGCAGUACCUGCUCUACCGCUUCGAGGUGAGCCCCUCCUACGUCUGCAGCCGCAGCCCCUGCCCGCACACCGUCGACUGCUUCGUCUCCCGCCCCACCGAGAAGACCAUCUUCCUCCUCAUCAUGUACGCCGUCAGCGGGCUCUGCCUCUUCCUCAACCUCUGCGAGCUGGUGCACCUCGGCGUGGGGCGCAUCCGCGACGCCCUGAGCCAGCCCGACAGCCCCCCGCUCCCCGCCGGCGACAGCCCCGCGCCGCAGUACCCCAAGAAAGCUCCCGGCGCGCCCCCCACCUACCACUCGCUGAAGAAGGAGCCGCCGCGAGCCCCGCUGCCCGAUGGCAAGCUGGACUACCGGGAGAGCCUGGCCCAGGCGGCGGUGGCGGGUCGCUUCGCCCUGGCCGGGGCUCCCCCGGCCCACGAGCUGGACCGGCUGCGGGAACACCUGCGCCUGGCCCAGGAGCACUUGGAGGUGGCCUUCCACCUCCAGCCCCCCCCGCGGCCCCCCAGCCCUGCCCGCAGCAGCAGCCCCGAGGCCAACGGCAUCGCCGCCGAGCAGAACCGCCUCAACCUCGCCCACGAGAAGGGGACGGCCGCCUGCGACAGGACCACGGGGCUGUGAGUGCCACCAGGGAGGACGGCGGCCUCUGCCGGAGCGGCUGCUGCCACCGCCGUGGGACAGGCAGCCUGCCAGGAGCGUGGGACAGAGGGUGACAUGCCAGGCAGCCCUGUCCCGGCGGGCAGCAGCAGGGAUGGGGGCCUCGGGAAACAUUCCUACUUGAUUUUCGAAAAGGGAAUAUCUUAUUUUUGUACAUUUUUAUACACUCAUCAGCGUGUGCACCCUGGCAUUUUUAUACUCCACUCCCGGUCCCUGCUCUGGCCCUCUGCCUCCCCCCCAUCUCCCGUUUCACCCCCCUUUCCUCCUCCCGCACCCCUUUCCCUCAGCAUCUUCUCCUCAUGCCUCCCUUUGCCCUCCCGUGCCCGCUGCCACCCGCCGGUGCUGUGCAUGUGCAGACCACGCUGGCGAUGCCAGUGUUGCCCCCAUGGCGUGGGGGUUUUGGGGAGCCGAGCCUGGGGGUCCGGCUGGCCGGGCUGAACCGUGGGGCACGGUUGCUGGGCUGGCAUUGCUUGUGAGGCUCAGGGGACAGUGGGGACCGGACAGGAGGGAGGGACUCCUGGUGGCGCCGCUGCCAGAAGGUGCUGGGGGAGCUGGGGGGACCGUGCUGCGCAGCAUCCCAGUACCGGGGUGUGUGCCGUGGGGCUGUCCUGCCGGGAAAUGUCUGUGCAGAGGGCAGGGGCUGUCCUUCCCGCUGCCUCCGCCCUGCUCCUGGCCAGACGCCCUUGGACCAAAUCCCAUCCCCUCCCGCUCUGGCCGUGGGGCUGGGACCCCCUUGCAGGGCCAGACCUUAGCCCCACGUUGCGGGGGGGGACGCAGCACCCCGAGCCAAGCUCGGCCGGGAGCCAGAAGGGCAUUUCUCAUCAUCUCAGCCUGGGUCACGCAGGGAUUUUUGUAGUGUUGUUUUUUACUCGGAAAUGAUUGUCACUGUUGUUUUCUUCUUUUAUUUUUUUUUUUUUUAUAUCUAUAUUAGUAAAG